AGGCAUCAAUAUUCAUUAUUCGGUCGCAGCUUUUCCCGCACUUCCUCCCCCAUGAAGAUGUUCUUCCCCUUUGCUAAAUGUCUUGUUUUGUGAUGAUGAUGUAGCUUUGUUUAGACGUAUUGAUGUAGCGGAGAUAUUAGGCUCUUAAUCAAGUAGAAGGGCUGAGUUAGACUUAGAAAAGGAGUCUGCACGUUUCCACACAAAAGCUGCUACAAACUGACUUAGAAGAUACCACCUCCAAUGAUUCCUUGAAGAUGAAGUGACACUUCCUAAUACUGAUUUCUUUCUUGUCCUGCAGCUGCAACAUAAGCAUUAAGUCAAAGUCACCAAAGAACCAUGCAGAUAGAUGAGUCCGAGCUUGAGCCUCCGCCUGUUCGGGUGGCUACGCCAGGCCCCGAACCGGUUGAGUUACCUCACAGUCGCCAGCGUUCUAUUUUUGGAUCGCUCUCGAAGCCGACGGAUGAGAUGGCACUGGCGCAUGCUCUAGAGAAAGCCAAGAUGAGGAUUGCACCAGCAAGCUUGAGCAAGAUAAAUCCACUUUUAAGGCGAUACUAGAUGAAUCAUUGACUCAAAUCCUCAUAUUCUUGGAGUACUUAUCUCUUUUCAUUUCCUUCUGAGGAUAAUCUGAAGAGAUGAACUCAAAAGAUUUUUUUUACGAUGAUGAAUUAUUGUGAGCUCUAACACUUGGCGCUGGUGCAGGCAGAGCACGUGGCGGUCUCGCGUGGUCCACAGGGGAGGCCAUUUUAGGCAGACCACGACCCAUGGACUUUUCUCGUCUUGCAAGUCCACGCGCAUUGCCGCCAUUGGGCUUGAACGGCUUGAAUCUUGGUGGAAAUACAGCUUCUCUGGGCCUAGUGCUUAGAUCUCCAGUGAUGCAAGAUCCAUUGGAAAAAUCCAGCACUUUCGUCUCUCCAACAGCACUAUCGCCAAGACCAGACUCGCCGUUCAGCAGAGCAGCGAGACAAACGAUGCCAAAUUUCGGAGGACCGUCACCAGAAGAUAAUGACCCUGACGUAAGCGUUCUAGUAGAAGGUGGAACAAGUUAAGGCUCAGGGUCUCUAAUUCAUCUCUGUGUAUUAUACCAUAGGAUCCCCCGUCAAGGAAGCGCAUGAAGGGGAUCAUACGCUUGCUGUGAGGGAUUUCCAGCAUGGGGAUGAACUACUAGGGUCAGCUCGAAACAAACAGACACCGCGAAGAGAGUCCUCUAGCAGGCGACAAAACGGCUUCUCCUAGGUACAAUAGGUUUGAAGGCGGCGCCCAGACAGCGAGAGAGUGGAAGCAAAAUAUGUCGGGAUCCUCAAAUGCUUCUAGUGGAAGGUCUCGUGCCGGUGGGUCUAGAGCAAGUGGAGGUUCUAGAGGUGGAGCAAGUGGAGGUUCUAGAGGUGGUGGCGCCGUGUCCUCUAAUAGCCGUCUGAGUGCGAAAGCCCUCAGAGGUGUUCCGGGUCCUCGAGGAAGUCCUAUACUAGGUAUGGAGUCUGCAACACCGAGACCAGGACAAGGAACGUCACACAGUAACGCUUCUCCACCAAGAACCUUAGGAACGCAGAGCAAUUCUCCAUCUUUUUUAUUGGGUUCUAGACCUGGGACGACACAAACCACGGAAACUAUGCACACGAGGGCGACGACGACUAAUAUGACCACGAAUACGAAUUCGGAAUCCUCUCCUGGAGUUAAGGCUUCUACAAAUCCAUCUUCUUCUUCCCAAGCAUCUUGCUCCCGCUUCUCGAGGGAAAACGGGGCCUGCGAUGCUCUUGCAGAUCGAUGGAUUUAUGGCACUGAAGUACUUAGUUCUAAUGAACGUGUACAGCAACAGCAUAAGAGGGGCAAGGUAGUCUUGUCCGGUCUGCAAUCCGGUACGGGUUUACCUUGGUUCAAAUUCGACAUUGAAGGCAACAUCGUAGGGGAACACGGUUCUGGCUUCCAUUCCGUCUUUCUGCCCAAGGAAGAGCCAGAGCGGUUUUACAGAGACGCUCAGCGCGACCAAGGGACCCUAGAAAGCGAGAAGAAGAACGCAACUGUGGACAAAGUGUUGUGCGUCCUAGUGCACAUGGGCAGUCGGAAGAUCUGGUCAGGGGUAACGGUAGACUUAGACCGCGAGGUGGAGGAAGAGCCGAGAUUCGUUUUGGACAACUGCUACGGUCAGAGCGCAGAGAGUGGUGCAGAGAUGUUUUUUGAUGAAGCACUCAAACAGAGGUUAAGGCUUCCCUUAAUCCAUCCCUGUAGACAUCCCUCAAACAUAUGCGCCCCAAUACAAGGGAGAUACUGACGCAUAUGCUUGAGGGAUUUCCACAGGGAUGAAUAGGGGAGAGCUCUAAAGAGGGGGAACUUACCGUUGACCUGGCCAAUGUAUCGUGGAGUCUGUCGCGAUUUCGACGUUCUCGAGAAGAUUUGGCGUCGUCUGUUCCUAAAUCCAGCUUUGGAACUGCCUAGGAUUCGUGUACGGACGAGUAAGGCAGAUAUGAUAGCUGCGGGACGAAAAGCGGUGAUGAAGAUUCGAACUGCGAGUGGUGCUUCGAAAUCUUUCUUAAGGCUUUUAAACUUAGUAAUCAUGUUGGACUUGGAAAUGGAAUUCAACACCUUGAGAAACAUCUCUAAAGAACCCAGUUUGAUGAAGGGGGAAUCUUCAACUGUGUCGAAGCAAGAUGAGUUAGUUUGUUCAAGAGAUGUAGAUGUGGGUUGUAAGGAGCUCUUCUAACCUUCGGAAUGGGCGGAACGUCAUUGCCACCACGUCCACCAAGUUCCGAGAGGAGGAAGAAGAAAGAUGAAGAAGGAGGGAAGAAACAACGCAUGCGGGAGAAGGCUGAAAAAGCGAAACAAAAGAAGAAAGAAAAAGAUGGAAAGAAGAAGGGCGGGGGUGGCCUUCUUGAACGUACCGUACCUGCAGAAGACGAUGAUAGCGAUGUUUCGACUUCGAGUAGAGACGGACGAGAUGAACAGAAGAAGAAGAACCAAGGCGGAACAGGUGGGAAGCAAGAACGACAAGUAGACACAGGUUCUGCAACAUCUAAACAAGUAGGAGACGGAUCUUCUUCUUCAUCUCCGGUUCGUCCACCAGGCGAAGAAGAGGUCAUAGAUGCAGAGGAAGCUUCGGAUGAGGAAACUGAGGUGAUCGAAUGGCCCAUUUUGCGGUAUCCAGUGAUCAUAACCGAACAACCUUGGACGAGCCGGCGUAACAGGGAAACCAUGGUGAAAAUGCUCUUCGAUUCUUUUGACGCUGAAGCAGUCUGCUUCGCCCAAGCAGCGACGUUGGAGCUUUGUGCGCAUGGAAAGUCAACGGGUUGCGUGCUCCACAUAGGGCACGCGCAUUGCUCCGCAGUGUGUAUCUACGAAGGCUAUCUCAUGCCGCAUACCUUGCAGAAGGUACUACUUCUACCAGUUCUAAUUUAGUUUCUACCAAAGUACUUCUUCAAUUUACGACACAAACAACUCGAACUCAGUCACUCAAUUGAGGAAUAUCUUCACCAUAUUAUAAGUAGAACAUCAAGAUCAAUGCUGUAGUUGUCGAAAAAAUUGAUCACUGCAUAAUCGAAAAACAAUAACAAAUCCACAGUCCCACUUCGGCUCCGAGGAUGUAGUGAAAAUGUUUUUGAAGCAUCUGCAGGAGGAAAAGGGUGUAGAGCUCGCAGGUGAUGACAUCGAUCACGAGCAUGCGGUUGAGAAAAUUCUGCGUUCUUCUGGUGCGGUGCUCUCUGCAGGAGCGGGAGGGAAUACAGAUUAUGUGAAUGUUGAACGGUUGGAUCUUUGUUGAUGUGGUUGCAUCUCAUCUUCUAUCUUCUUCUAUCUUCUCCAACUUGGAAUCACAUAGUCGGAUUUUGUUGUCUAAGUAAGCAGAUGCAGAAGUAUUUGAAGCUGACUAUUGUAAUUGUUCUAAGCACCACUGCGCGUCUGCGGCAAGAAGCCCUACGAAGAUCCUUUUACAGGCAAAACCACGGUGAUCGGCACUGAACGACUACGAUGUUUCGAGGGACUUUUCAAUCCAGAGAUCUUUGAGUGUCUCCGUUGGAACGUCCGCUACAAAGCUGUCGAGGCUACCCCUCUAGGCAUCCACGAGCUCGCUUUUCAUUCCAUCAACCAGUGUCGCUACGAACUCCGCAGAGAACUCUAUCUGAACAUCGUUCUUAGUGGCGGUCUUGCGGACACGCACAAUAUGCCUGAGAGGAUACGCCAUGAAAUUGCCGACCUUCCCUACGUGUUAUCCACCUAUCCGCUUGAGAUGAGUGACGAGCUGAAGGGCAGGUAUGAGAAACUACAGUUAAGGCUACCGCUGAAGCAUCCUCACCGUCAUCCUUGGCUCCUUUUCUACUUGGAAAAGGCACCAAGGAUGCUGCCAAGGAUGCCCAUGCGGUAGCUCUAAUACAGGUGCAGAAGAAGACCAAAGGUCUACCGCCAGACAUUGCAGAUUUGCCGCCAGAAAAACAAAAGGCGGCCAUGAGGUUGCGAGCAAAAUACGGGAAGAAGGAGGAAGAAGAUUAAGGCGAUAAUCCAUCUUGGAUAGGGUGCUGGGCCUUCAAUAUCCAAAAAAAAAACAGGUCCAGGAUCAUGACUUUCAUCAAGAUGGAUUCCGGGAUGAAGGUCUAAGAAGGAGAAAAACCGGGAGCGUGGGAAGCCUAUGUAGGUUAUCCGGACGCUGCUGAUUAUCCUAUUCUUGGUGAAGGCAACCACGAUGAGGGUGCAGAAUCAGGGAGGUCAUCGGAGCGGCCGUCGGCGAAGCCUGCCUCUGGAGGAGAUCCUAAAGGUACUGGAGGUGGAGCUGGAACCGCAGCACCCUCAAAUACAGGCCAAACUGGUGCUGCAACAUCAAAUACAAGAACAGAACAAGCCAAGAAUGCAGGGCCAGGCCUCGGAGGAGGAGCAUUCAAGUUCAAUGUUGUGCCACCUGGAGGCGGACCUGAAGCAGCUAAGGCAGGAGCAGCUAAGGCAGAUGCCUUCUCUAAAGUAGCCAAUCUCGCAACAACGCAGACCGUGAUCACAAAAGCAGCGGAACGCAUGGAGGCUCUGCGCUCACGUGCCCCACACGCCCUCAUCGAAGCGCGUCGUGCCUCAGCUCAGAGAGCAGGCGACAAGAAGAAGUACAACAAGAUGUUUGUACCGUCGCAUCUGGAUGUAUCUGUGGAGCCGCCAGCGUUGUCUUCAGCGCAGACAUUUCGGUCACCGUUUAAUAGUCUAAUCGUAACGUCGAACUCGGCGUAUCUAGGGGCCGCUUUACUAGCAUCCAUGGACAGCGUGGAGAAACAUCACUUCAAUCGGGAUGAUUACGAAGAGGAAGGACCGGAGGGGGUGCAUGAAAAGGGAGUUCUUUAGCGAGGGGCGCUAGGAAUGAUGAGACAACAAUUGUUUCCUGACUUCUUCAGACUGAAUGUAGUGUGAUGGCAUGACGCUUGUUCUUUCCAAGAAAAGAAGAUAUGAAUGUGAAGCCUAAAAACUUCACAACACAAUCUACCU